AUGGUCCGCAACAUUGUCCUCCUCGGCGGCAACUCCCACCCCGAGCUGACCGACAACAUUGGCAACAUCCUCUGCAUUCCUCCCGGUAACCGCAUCCUUAGCAAAUUCUCAGGUGGUGAAAGCCGCUGUGAGAUCAAGGACUCGGUCCGUGGCAAGGAUGUCUACAUUGUUCAGUCUGGUUCCGGCAACGUCAAUGACAACCUCAUUGACCUCUGCAUCAUGAUCUCGGCCUGCAAGACUGGUUCUGCCAAGCGUGUCACUGCAGUCGUCCCUCUGUUUCCCUACUCUCGUCAGCCCGACUGGCCCUACAACAAGUCCGGCGCCCCUCUAUCACGGUCCCACGAGAAUGGGAGCAAACAAGAUUACACCUUUGAGAGCGUCCCUGCGACGCCGCGCCCGGGUGGGCCCAAGAGCAGUGGCCUCAACAACGGCGUCAACAGCCUUGCUGAGAAGCUUGCUAAGAACAGCAUCUUGGAGGAUAAGCCCGAAGGCGCCGACCACGCCACUCCCUCCAAGCGCGUUGACAGCGCCGCCAGCCUGGCUUCCCACGCUCGUGGCCACACCACCGAAGGUUCCGUCUCUUCGCAGCGCAGCUUCACCACCCACGACUACGAGAAGCCCAGCAUCGUCAAUACCUUUCACGCCAAGCCAGGCUAUAAGCAGUGGGUUGCUCAGGCCGGUACGCUCGUUGCCGACCUGCUCACGUGCGCUGGCGCCGAUCACAUCAUCACCAUGGACCUCCACGACCCCCAAUACCAGGGCUUCUUCGACAUUCCCGUCGACAACCUCUACGGAAAGCCCCUGCUACAAAAUUACAUCCGGCAGUACAUCCCCGGCUAUAAGGAGGCCGUCGUUGUCUCGCCGGAUGCCGGAGGUGCCAAGCGUGCCACGGCCAUUGCCGACAGUCUGAACAUGGACUUUGCUCUCAUUCACAAGGAGCGCCGACCGAUCAAGUUCACCGAGCAACGCAACGCCAGCAUGAUGCUCGUUGGUGACGUCGCCAACCGCAUCUGCAUCUUGGUCGACGAUCUCGGUGACACGGCCAACACCAUCACCCGCGCUGCCAAGCUGCUCAAGCGUGAGGGCGCCGUCAAGGUGUAUGCCCUGCUAACCCACGGUGUCUUCAGCGGCGACGCCAUUGCCCGCAUCAACGCCUCGGCGAUUGACAAGAUCCUCGUCACCAACUCGGUGCCUCAGACUGAGCACUGCCGUCUCUGCCCCAAGCUCGAGGUGCUGGACAUCAGCGCCGUCUUCGCCGAAGCUAUUCGUCGUGUCCACCACGGCGAGUCCAUUAGCGUUUUGUUCCAGCACGACUGA